AUGCACUCCGACCUCCGUGGCUUCUAUGGUGCACCUGUUACCUACGCUUAUUCACUCGCAGUGGGUGUCGCCAGUUCUGCUAGUUUGCUGUUGGACCGUGGUCACGUCCUGGCGCUGGACAGAGAUGCAGUGCUCAUUCGUUCUCAGUAUUGGCGCUUAUUCUCGAGCCAAAUGACGUUCCAACAUGGACUGGCAGUCUCUCUUGGUCUCUACGUUGUGUUCCAGUUUCGAGUUCUCGAGCGACAAUUGGGCUCUCGGAAAUUUGGAAGUGUCGUGGUUUUUGUGAUGCUUAUUUCAGGGGCGCUACAGCUGACAGCUCUGUCGUCGGUCUCAUCAUCACUGGUGGAAUUCAUUCCGGGAGGACCUUACCCCGUUCUCGGAGCUCUAGCUGUUUACUUUAACAGAUAUAUUCCCAAGCUGCAACCGCGAACAGUUAGUGUGUGGGGUCUGCCCUUCUCGGACAAGUCGAGCACGUACUUGCUUAUAGUCGUGUUGCUGGCGUGUGACUUCCGCGCCUUGAUUCCGUUUUUAGGUGGAUCGAUGCUAGGAAUGUUGUUUCAUUCGACGCCACUUGGACGAUUGAGACUACCAUCAUUUGUGUGCUCGAUGUUUGGUCUACUACACCCUCUGUUUGAGGUCGUCCCUGCGAGUACAUUGGCGCUCCAACGGCAUCGGCGGGCAAUCGAAGCACAGCGUCGAUUAAAUGGACGUUACAAUCGAGGCCAUCCAGCCGCACCGGUCGUUGGGGGUCAAGGUUUUCAUGACCAGUUACUGCCAGGGGCUGGUGGGAUGCUGCCUGGUGGUGGCCCUGCGGCGGCCGCUGUUGGUGGCGGCAUGUUGCCUCCUCAAAUGGCCGCAGCACCUCCGUCUGAAGAUGCGAUUCAGCAAUUGAUAGCCCUCGGAUUCGAGAGAGAGCGCGCAAUACAGGCGCUUCAGUUUACGUACAACAAUGUGGAGGCGGCCGCAAAUCGGCUGCUAAAUGGAUUGUAG